AUGCUUGAAUCAAUCUUGCCCGUCAUUGCCAACCACUGGCCUAUCGCUGUCGCGGUGGCUGUUGUGGGAUAUCUGCUGAGUAACUACUUUCAUCAUGGGUUGAACAAAUAUCCCGGACCGAUUUUGGCUCGAUUCACAGAUUGGUGGAGAUUCUUCGAUGUAUAUGGACGACGACCAGAUAUCACUCACCUCAAAUUACACCGUCAGCAUGGCGACGUUGUUCGACUUGGACCAAACGUGCUGUCAUUCGCAAAUCCAAAGGCAUUGAAGACGAUAUACGGAUUGAACAAGGGCUUUGUCAAAUCUGGAUUCUACCCAGUGCAGCAAGGUGUCAGCAAGGGCAAACGACUUCCGUCCCUGUUCUCUACCGUCGACGAGUCGUACCAUGCAAAUCUUCGCAGAUCCGUCAACAAUGCUUUUUCAAUGAGCCAACUGGUUCAGUACGAGCCCGCCGUCAACGAGACCGUUGAGGUUUUCUUGGACCAGACUGAUAGGCUUUAUGCGAAACCCGAUAACGUUUGUGACUUUGCCGAGUGGCUUCAAUACUUCGCUUUCGACGUCAUUGGACAGAUCACCUACAGCAAACGCCAUGGCUUCGUGGAGAGAAAUGAAGACGUUGAUGUUUCAAACCCCUGGCUUUGUCGUGUCAUAUCGCUAACGCGAAAACUGGUUGGCCAAAUCCCCUGGCUUGACCUGCUCUUCUUGAAAAACCCACUCGUCCUCCUCCUUGAUAAACUUGGCGUGAAACUGUUUGCAUUCCCAAUCACCACGUUUGCCGUUCAGCGCAUGUCGGAACGACUUUCCGAGAUGGAAGCGCAGGGUCGUGAGAAAGGAACAGAGAAGCCGGAUUUGCUGUCAAUGUUCCUGAAAGCACAGAACGACCGACCUGAGUUUAUGACUGACCAGCGAGUCUUGACCAUGGCGGUGUCAAUGGCAUUCGCGGGAUCAGAAACAACCGCCAUCAGCUUGGCUGCUGUCUUUUACUAUCUGCUUCGAAAUCCGCGAUGCUAUGAGAAACUCAUGCAAGAACUGGACGAGGCUGUACAAGAGGGGAGGAUUGAGAACAGAACCACCGGCACUGUCACGUGGGCUGAAUCACAAAAUCUCCCGUAUCUUGACGCCUGCAUCAAAGAAGCCUUCCGGAUGCACCCUGCGGCCGGGCUGCCUCUGGAACGAGUUACUCCGGCCCAAGGCAUUGAGAUUGAUGGCCACUUCAUUCCCGGUGGCACGAUUGUCGGCUGCAAUGCCUGGGUGAUCCACAAACGGGAAGAAGUCUUUGGCUCCCAGCCUGACAGCUAUAUUCCGGAGCGAUGGUUGGACGUGGAUGCCGACCAGUUGAAAGAAAUGAAUGGCACACUAUUCCAGUUUGGUGCUGGUGCUCGUACAUGCAUUGGCAAAAACAUCAGUCUGUUAGAAAUGUACAAGCUAGUCCCUGCUUUUCUCAGACGAUUCGAGGUCCGGUUUGACGACCCCAGCAAAGAUUGGAAGUUACAUAAUGCCUGGUUCGUCAAAGAGCGUGACUUUUACUGCCGAUUCAAAGCGAGAAACUUGCAAUAA